UAUCCGAUGACGUAAUUUGUAUGUUUAUCUUCGUGUCGUUAUUGUCUAUCGAUUGUACUGUGCAUUUUGACCUGAUAACAAUGCAUUUUUAUCUUCCAUUUUACAAUACAUAUUCAUCUAAUUGAAAGUGAUGACUACAAUUGACUGGAGACAAUGAGGAUGACUGCAUAACACACUAUACGGAUAUCGCCACCGUUCAACAGGGUACCUCUGAUAUAUGAUAUGGAAACCCAAGGAGAUGGGAAAAGUGGAAGGAGAAGAAAAAGAGGUGGGAAGGGUAGAAAAGGAAAACAGGUGGCUUCGUCUGCUAGUCUGGAGACCCAAAGUACAAGCAGUAGGAAAGUAAACCCAAAAGGUAACAGCAGUAUUGUUAAUGAUGGGACUAAUGCAGGAACUAGUCUACGGGGACAGAGAAGACAAACUAGUGAAAAAUCAAAGCCAAGAGGUACUGAUGAAGAAUCACAAUUCAGUACCAAGUCAAAUAUGGCCAGCAGAGAACCUGCUUCGAUACCUGUAGGAAGAGUACCGUCAGCACAAAGUUCAUCACGUCUCAACACUGGCAAUAGCGGCAAGGCAGUAGAUCUUUUACAGCAAAGCAGACCUGCAGAAAAGACAAAACAACAGAAGCUGCCCUUGAGUUCAUCGGACGAGUUCCUGAGUGAAAUUGUUUGUCAAUUAGCAACCAAUGGUGGCUCCUUACCAGUCAAGACGUUUCGAAAAUCACAUGGACACCUUUACGAUAGUAUGAUCAAACUUUCUCCCGACAAAACUGUUCGUGGAUUUGUACAAAAAUAUAGUCAUGUUUUGAAGGGACGUCCUGAUACGGGCACCAUCGAUGUUUUAACAUUUACCCCUGAUUUGGAAAUUUGUAAGGCACAUGGAAGUAAUGCCGGCUCAUGUACAGUAGUAGACUGUAGAUGUUUGCAUAUCUGUAAAUUCCAAAUGAUGAGUCAAUGUUCAAUGGGAGAAACAUGUUUCUUCGGCCACAACUUAAGAAACACGUACAAUAAAUCCGUGUUGGAAUAUUACUUUAUGAAUAAAUUGUCUAAACAACAGAUUCGAGGAUUCUUGUGUAAGAUGAACAAUAGAAGAGGGCUUACUCUUCCUGGAAUAUGUAGCUUCUACAAUUCGCAGAAAGGCUGCCGAAAGCCAGACAAAUGUCCCUUUCUUCACAUAUGCAAGCAUUACAUCCUCGGUGAUUGCCAAUUCGCCAGGAGAAAAUGCAGCUUCUCUCACGAGAUAUUUGAUAAACAACCUCAGAGUAUAUUGAGUAAAUAUAGUCUAAGCGAGACAACAUUUGAAGAACUUCAGAGAGUCUUGAAGGCAGAACUGCAGGGUACGGAAUAUUCCUCAUCUUCAGAUGAACACUAUACUGGGGAUUCUUCAUAUGAUGAUCAAAAUUCAGAUGUAUCAUCAAAUGAGCCAGCAGAUGUGGAGGAAAUCUUUGAAAAUGAAAGUGAUGUUCGGGAUGAUAUGAAAACUGUUAACAAUGGGCUUCGUUGUCUUCCUGCAUGGAGCUCGGACUCUGAAUCUCGUCAUCUGCCGCUUGAAGGCGGACAGCAACCCAAAGUGUCAAGUAGCGAACAUGUUGAAUUAAUGUCUCCACCGAUAACAUCAAGUACUGAGGAUGGAGACAUAGAUUCACGAGUGACUCGCAGUCUGCCUAGUUCUAACCCCCGCUGGCAGGUUUCGACAGCGACAGACAGGAAGACAAUUGAACUGGGGGCCAGUGAUCGCCAGGAGUUAGAGUUUCUAUACCAUACCUACCUCCGAGCAAGAGAGUGCACCGUGUCAUUGAAUGGGAAAAAGUAAGUACAGCUCAUACUACCAAACGAGUAAAUAUAAAAACCUAUUUGCAGUUUGAAAUGCUAAUGUCAUAUUUCUGACCCCGGUGCUUUUUCCUCUACUUUAAAGCAAUAAAAAUCCAUGAUCUGAAUUUUGUUUUUAAAUGGUGACGUUCGAUUGAAUUUACGUAACAAAUGCUAAAAUGAAAAUUAUAUUACUUGAAUACUAUAGUACUUACUCUAUUGAACAUCAAAGAAUUUGCAACCAGACCAUGUUUUGUCCUUUCAUGAAGUA